CCGGCAGAGGCACGCCGUUGGCCCUCGAGCUCCUUCGGGCCGAUGCGCCUGCCAGCCUCUCAUCUCUCCCCCAGGCUCUGGACGGUGGCUCGGCGAACGGCAGAGGAACGCUUGGCAGAAACCGGCGCGGGGCUCCAACCGGGCAGCGCCAGAAGGGGAAGCGGGAGCGGGGAGGGCCGAAGGGCGGGAGGCAACUUUCCGCGCAGGUGACACAGAGUUCGCCUCUGGCAAGCCGCGGCGCUGGUUGCGUUUGGGCUCCGGCGCUUCCUGCCUCCCCGCCUCCUGCCCCGGCCAGCCAGCCAGCUGGGCUGCAGGGGAGACCCAGCGCGUCAGAGGAGCCCCUGUUGCCCCGAGGGCCAGAGCGACGUGGACCAUGCACCUGGAGGACAAAGUGGCGCUGGUGACUGGGGCAGCCCAGGGCAUCGGCAACGCUUGUGCCCAGGCGCUACUGGAGAAGGGCUGCAAGGUAGGCCUCGUGGAUCAGAAUACAGUAGUAGGUAACGAAAGCAAAAAUAACUUGGACAAGCAGUUCGGUACACAGAGAACCAUCUUCAUUCCUUGUGAUGUUUCAAAUGAAGAACAGCUAAAAGAUGCAUUUAAGAAGAUAUUUGAGCAUUUUGGCAGGUUGGAUAUUGUGGUUAACAAUGCUGGAGUAAAUAAUGAAAAAAACUGGGAAGUCACAGUCCACAUUAAUUUGAUUUCAGUGAUUAGAGGAACGUACAUUGGUUUAGAUUACAUGAAAACAGAAAAUGGAGGCAACGGUGGGGCUAUUGUUAAUAUAUCAUCAUUGGCAGGACUUAUGCCUGUUCCAUCCCAACCAGUAUAUUGUGCAUCAAAGCACGGGGUUAUUGGAUUCACACGUUCAAUAGCUAUGGUCUCUAAAACAGGAAAGUAUGGUGUACGGAUAAAUACAAUCUGUCCUGGUUUUGUUAACACACCAAUUCUUCAAACAAUUGAAAAGGAAGAGAAUAUGGGCCAAUAUUUAAUAUACAAAGAAGAGCUCAAAGAUAUGAUGAAAUGCCAUGGUUUGUUGCCCCCAUCAUUAAUUGCUGAGGGACUGAUAAAAAUACUUGAAGAUGAUACAUUAAACGGAGAAGUCAUGAAGAUAACAACAAAGCAAGGGAUUCAUUUUCAUGAAUACAGUCCACUGCCAUUUCAGGCAAACAAGCAAUAAAUUCUAAUACAUUACCUCAGUUUCCUUUAAAGGAAAAUAUUACUUGCUUCCAAAAUGUAUGUUGGAAUAAAUGGUUAAGCAAAAAGUAAAUCUUAGUUACUGUUAGUUUACCUGGGUGUUUAAAAAUUGCUGUCAAUAUCCCUUAUGUGAAUGAU